ACCCAUCUCUCUCUCUUUCCUCCCCCUCGAUUCCCGAUUUCGCUGCCAGCCAUUAAAGCAGGGGAGCAAUUUGUUGCCGUGGGAGUGCGGUCGCGGCCUCGCGGGCGCCCCGCUGAUUCCUCCUCCGGGCUCGCCCUCGCCGGCGGUGUGGGGGGAGCAGCCACCACCCAGCUCGCGCCUGCUUCUUCCCCUUCGCGCGUGAUGGGAGCUGCUGGGUCCUGACCUGCCCUGCCCUGUUCCAGCUGAGAGAUGAAAUUGGACAAGAAUCGAAGUUCUGCGGCACCUGACACUUCCUAUUUAAUUGUGAACUGCAAUCACCAUGGGGUCUGGAUCAGUGACUCUGAAGCAAAAGAAACGAGUGAAACAUGCAAAGAACAAGUACUUGAAACCUGGUGCCCUGGCUCAGAUUCGUUAUACUAGGAGCACCAGCAGGGACAUAGGGAAGAAAAGGAUUCUGUUGAAUGUGAAAGAUGAGCUGGAGAUAUCACCACAGGCUGAGGUUCUCCUAGAAAGCACUGGACCAAUUUUGUCCCCCGCAAGACUCAAUUUUGAGCCGUUUGGUAGCAAUAAAGGGCAGAUAUUGCCGAGGACUCCGAGGACUCCUGAUGCAGCUGAGUUUGGUGAUUCAAGACUUGAAUCACUUCCACUUGAUUUGCUGAUCAAGAUCAUGUGUUGCUUGCACCAUGACCAACUGAAGGCUGUUUUCCAUGUUUCCAAAAGGAUUCGAAAAGCAGUUGAACUGGCCAGGCAGUACCAUUUUAAUUAUACUACACCAGAUCGAAGCAGACAGGAAUUGCUCCUAAACAAGACUCCUCUUCCAACAGAACAUUGGCCUUUCUUGAGUAGAAUCGAUGGCAAGGAUGUGCUUGUUUCCACCCCAAGGACCCCGCGGGCCCCAAAACAUGCUGCUCGCCUUUCACGCCUUAAGCUGGUUGAUGUGAAGCCAAUUACAGCAGUUCUUUUCCAGGAGUCUUCUACUUCUUUUCCUACAAAGCGUCUCCGACGCUCAGUGCCACCUGGACUGCCAAGGCCUGUAUCCAAAGCUGCACCCUCGCCUCGAGUUUUACGAUAUGAGGAGCUUUGUGAAGCUGUGGCACAGAAUAAGCUUCUUUGAGGAUCCAACAAGUUUAUUGCUUUCAUCUGUAGUGUAUAGUGUGAAGGCCCUUGGUAAGGAUUUUGUCUGCCAGCUAGCUCCUAGCUGCCAUCUUAGAUGAUGGUUACCAGGUUAGAUUUUAGACUAGUGUUAGACUGUCAUAUACCCUUAUGUCAUAAGUGUCCAGUUUGCUUUAUUCCAUGGUUUGUAUAUAUCACAUAAUAAAAUGGACCCUUUUAUGUAUUUAUUUAUACCUUAUAUCCUUUUUCCUUGCGAAAGUGGUGUACUUUCCCCAUUAAUCAUCAAUCUGGAUUCUGGAUGAA